AUGGCCUUUCUCCGCCAACUUCAGCUUCUUCUGUGGAAGAAUGGCCUCGGCACCAUCCGGAGACCAGUGUGGUCUAUCACUUUGAUCUUGUGGCCCAUUAUCAUCUUCAUAAUCAUUGCUGUCACUCGCCACCAGUUUCCACCAGUUUUGAGGCAAACAUGUUACGUGGGACCUCGGAACCUGCCCAGCACCGGGUUCUUCCCGUUCCUCGAGACUCUCCUGUGCAACAGCGACAGCAACUGCCAAAACACGUCCCAAUCGGCGCAUCCUCACAGGAAUAAAAGAUCAACUGAAGAAUCACCAGAUUUUCCACUGUCAAAAAUCAUCGGAGAACUACGGCAAUUUGCAAAUUUGGAAAACACAGAUCACGAUCCAGCGGUGUUGUUAAAUGUACUGUCUGGAAACUUUGGUGCGUCCUCUCCGGGACUCUCACUGGGAGCUUUGAAUGAAACCCUCUUCGGAGAUCAUCCAAUCGCGAAUUCAAAUAAAUCUGCCGGAAGACUGAAGUCUGCCUUCUGCACGAUUGCUUUUCUUUUCAUCAACAACACGUCCACGACAGACGCUGGUCCGGUCAUCGCCUUCUGCACUUCUAACAACACUGUUUUCGAAGUGACCAUCAACACACUCUACAAAGCAGUGAGAGAACUAGUCAUGACCCAACAAAUCCGACCAGAAGAUCUGGGAAAGCUGGCAGAGAACAUCUUGGAGUUGUUUGACCAGUUGCAAAAGGAACCUUCUCUGUGGGAAUUCUUGCACGUUCUUCCGCAAAUAGUCAAUCCCACAUCACCUGACCAACUGCUUGGCAACCUGAAGAAGCUGUUUGAAAGUCUACAAUUGUUUUUAAAUAUCAUUGAGCACAAAUUUCCAGAAGUCAAAGCCAACAUGUCAUCAGUUCAUCCGUUCAUUGAGGCUGGCGUCAGUUUGACCGACUACAUGCGAAAUUGGCCUGGCAAAAAUGUUAAGAUUCGUUUGGGAGAUGUGAUGACGUCAAAUGAUUCGCUUUGCCAGAUGAUGGGAAACAUGGAGAUUUCACUGGAUCAAGCCCUUGCUCUGUAUUUUGACACGAAAAUGGUCAGUGACUAUGUGUGCCAGAUCACAUAUAAUCCAGUGCUAAUGGCAGCGUGCGCGACUGGGACGGUGGAGAAAUGCUUGAGCUCAACCAGCACUAACAAGUUGCUUCAACAGACUCUUUUGAAAUGGAGCACUCUUGUGGCCCCUCACGACUUAUCUCUGGCCAAAGGGCUGCUUCACAGUCUGAUGGAACUUUUCGGAGGUUCUAGAAUGUCGAGGGCAACACGCAGCCUUGAGGAACAAGCGCAAAACGUCGAGGAGGAACUGUUUCUGGGAGUUGGAAAAGUUGUGAGGGAAAUUCUCCAGAUUUCUCCAGAAGCUACUGCCGUUGUCAACCAAAUUCUUCAAGCUGGUUUUCAGUCAAUGACAUUUGCAACCAAAGCCAUGGCCGUGUUAGAAGGAGGCAUGGACAGUUUAUUGAAAGAUGUGACGAGAAUUAAAAUGAUUGUUCAAGUGCUGUCCACCGACCAACCCCAAAGCACCAGCUGGAUGAUUCAAGCGUUCAACAGUGUCUCGGAAAUGAUAGCAAAGAUAUUUGCUGGCGAGUCCUUAACGUGUGACAACGUACUCAGUGAGUUUGAAUGGCUGUUUUCCAUUAAGACGAUAAGACGUGAGUUAUGGCAAUCGUUCUUUUGUGAAAACACCACCACCAUCGAACAGACUCUGCUCUCAGACUGGACGCCCUUGAUAGAAAAUGCCCUUGCCCUCUACCAUACCCUUUCUGGCCACUCAAGUUACAACGUCACUCUUCCCAUGAUCCUCUCUGAGUGGCACGGGUUGUGGAACAGAAGUGAGCGUGUGGUGCAGCUCUCGCAGGAAUGGGGCGGAGCCAACUGGACGUCAUGGGUCCCGGCGAACAGCAGCUCUCAUCUCCUGCUCGCAUCUCUUCAAAAUAGUGUGGCAGUUUUCCUUGGGAAGUUGGGACAGAAGAUUGUACAUGAAUGGCCUGAGGCAAAAAGCUACAUGUACAUGACUGACUGGAUUUUACACUACGAACCCGGAGUGACAGCUUCACCCAACUGUUCAAUGGAUGUGGCAACCUUUGCUAUUGAGUGUCAUGGGAAUUUAAAUUGGGAAAAGUUUGUAAAUGCACUUUUAAGAGCAGUUAUGUCCCCGAAUGAAGACCUCCUCAUCAGUUGCCUCAAAGGAAGUGUCCAACUGCUGCAGCAUGUCUACAGCAAUUUCUUUAAAUAUGAAGCGGCCUCAUUCUUACACAGGGAAGUUGAAGGAGGACACAUGAUUGCUUCCGUUAAAACAGCGUCUGGACCUGAUGGUUUGAAUGAAUUAAUUCUGAAUAUAAUGUUCGAGGUUCAAAGCCUCCUGCCUCCAAACGACACAGCACAGUUCUAUGUUGGUACCAUUAUCAACAUCACCAAAUCCAUUCUACAGCCAUCUCCUGGAAACUCAAGUCUCUUGCCCAUGGACUCGACAGAAGAAAUCAUGUCUUACAUAAUGACCAAGCUUCUAGAAGUUUGGAAUAUGUUAUGUCCUGUGGUUGUGGGCGAGUCCUGUUCACCUCCGUCAUCGACACAAGGCUUUGCAGAUCUGCCCAUGGUCCUGGAAGAGUUGAUAAAUGGUCAAGCCAACAAUGUCACAUGGAUGAAGCUUCAUCAUGUAAUCAGUAACAUGACCCAAGCUUUAACCAAGGCCAUCAUGCUCGUUGGGCCGCCAAACGGAUCACAGAGCGACCAACUGUUAUCGGUCAUCUUGGAAGCAAUCAGAAGUGCAACACAGUUGUUGAUCCACCAAGGAGUCCCUGUGCCCUUAGAGAGUGUCCAGGAUGUGGCCAGAAACAUUGCCUGGUUGAUUGUUUAUCCAGAGCAGAGCUAUGCACUGACCCUGAAUACAACUCUCAACACAAUCCAUGGAAUACGAUCCAUAAUCCAAGUUCUGCCCCCAGAAGUGUCCUUUUAUCUACACAUUCCAUUAAGAAUAGCUGAUGCUUAUUUUCAGUCCGUUAAAACAGCGUCUGGACCUGAUGGUUUGAAUGAAUUAAUUCUGAAUAUAAUGUUCGAGGUUCAAAGCCUCCUGCCUCCAAACGACACAGCACGGUUCUAUGUUGGUACCAUUAUCAACAUCACCAAAUCCAUUCUACAGCCAUCUCCUGAAAACUCAAGUGCCUUUCCCAUGGAUUCAGCAGAAGAAAUGAUAUCCUACAUUAUGACCAAGCUUCUAGAAGUUUGGAAUAUGUUAUGUCCUGUGGUUGUGGGCGAGUCCUGUUCACCUCCGUCAUCGACACAAGGCUUUGCAGAUCUGCCCAUGGUCCUGGAAGAGUUGAUAAAUGGUCAAACCAACAAUGUCACAUGGAUGAAGCUUCAUAAUGUUGUUGACACCGCGAUGACAUUCAUCGUCGUUCCAGAGUUGUCAAACAACAUUUCGUGUUUAGUGGAAAUGUUUGAAAAGUCAGCGUCAGAGGAAGUCCGAGAAAUGGAAGCUCUGACGGAUCUGAUACUCAGCCUCCAGACACCAUUCAUGAAGAUAUUGACAGAAAUUACCCGCUCAUUAAAUGGAAGCCAUUUCAACAUGUCUGAAGUGUCAGAAAGAUUGGAACAAGCUGUUGAGCAGACCAUCAUCAUGGCGUUAGAAAAGAGUAAUGGCACCCAUAACUGCCAGGAAGUCCUGAAAAUAUGGGACCCAGUGAGAGAGGCCGCAGGAUUAAGGCCUUCCGUCAUGACCAUGUGGUGUAACAUCAGUCUGCUGUCUGUCAUCGAGGCCUUUGGAGAUCAGUCGGCCCUAACGAAUGGCACUUGCACAGAAAUGGGAGCAAUGAGUUCCCGCACUGUAGCUGCCAGGAUUGUGAUGUCCAUCCGCUCUCUGUACGACUCCGAUGUUGCUCAAUCAGAAGCGAUGGAGCAGUUCACGGAAGAAUUCGAGUCUCUGCUCUCUGCGCUUGUCAGUCACCCUCUGAGCCAAACGGCAAAAUACAAUUUGAACAUUCAGCUCCAAGCUCUGGCCACUCACAACAGUUUGCAGUUUAUUGAGCUGUUCUCAGAUGAAGUGGAUGAGAUGUUCCCUUUCCUCAAACCGUACAUGAAGGGAAUGAGGAAAAUGCUUAAACACAUCUUGACUAAUUCCUCCAGUGUGGAAGAGUCACCUGCUGAGUUUUUCAAAGAAGCUGACCUUUUAUCUCUGUCUGAUCCUUUCGAGAUGAGGGACCAUGCUCUGUCGAACCACAACGCCUCUAGAAUCCGCCGGCGACGCGAAGUUUCAUUUGUGCCAGUGAGCAGUCCCAUGGAUGAUUUCAUGACCCUCUUCACCAUGGACUACCGCUCCCUUUGGACAGGACUGCAGGUUCCACCCACGGCCUCAGAAAUACAAGAGACAUUCCUGAUGUUCUUUGACAAUUCCGAUCUUAGCUUUAUUUUAAAAGAAGCAACAAAAGAAUAUGAUUCGGACCUGGACGGGAUCUCAAGCAGUGAAAUCGUUGACUCGAUGCUUAAUUUGGCCAAGAUUUUCCUGGAGAAUGAUUUUGCAUCUUUGAGUCUGUGGGUGCGAGCGAUCAGCGCACUCCCUGACGGACACUCAUCCAUCUCUGUGAUGAAAGAUGUUGCUCAUGCCAUCGACGCAGAAAGUCCAGAGAUUCAGCGGCUCAUGCAGGAGACGUUGGAAACAGUGAGUGCGCUGUUCCUGUCCGACCCCACAGAACUACAGGCCCUUCAGCUCCUUCAGCGUCUGGAAGAACAGGUGUGCGAUUUGGAGAGAACAAACGCUAUUGGUCUGUUGGAACAAAGCUUCUCCGUGGAGCCUGGAGUUUUGUGUCAAUCGAUAGUUCCAGGAGUGAAGAUCCUAGUUGAAGGUUUACUGUUUAACAUGACCAGUCUGGUUCACAACAUGGCGGAGGUAUUCGUGGGAGAUCCAAGUCUGUACAACCUCCAAAUAAACUGGACAUCUAUGAUAAGUGAGAUUUUAGGGUUCAAUAUCAGCGCUUUAGGUGCCCUGAACAUGACUAACUCUGCCCCAGUCGUGACGGUGGGAGAGAUGGUGAGGAAUAGAACAGCUUUCAUGAGGGACCUGCAGACGUUUGGCUUUGCACCAGAAGUUGCCGAUCAGCUUUCCAACUCCACUUUGCCGGACAACCUCCAGAUUUUGUGGUGGUUGGUCAAUCUCGCCGGCUGUAACUCCUCAGCGCAAAGUGCCGUGACAGAGAGUGAGAAAUCCAUGUUUGAGACUUUCUGCAGACUGGGCCCAGAGCAACUGUACAACUUCACACUCCUCAUGGUUCAGCACCUCAACACCGAGCAGUUCCUGUACAGAAUGGUGCUGCCGGAGGAAGUCCAAAGAGUGAUGGGCACCAUGACACAAGUUGCGCUCUACGUGAUGGACAUGGUGCGGAAGCUGGGUCCGAACCUUGAAACAUGGUUCUCAUCUCUGGAAACCUUCAGCCUCUCAGCCAACAAUGAGUUCCGCCAGAUGUCACGAUCCCAGAGAAAAACCAUCUCAAGCAAGGCCACUUUUGUCACCAUCUCUCGUGCCCUGUGCAGAAACGGAAUCGUAGCUCUGUUUGCAGCCACCAAAAAUCCUCACUUCUCCGUUUCUCCACCUCCUUUUGAGAACAUCCAUCAGCGGCAAGAGAUGAUCGAAAGAUUUAAGAUCCCACAUGAUGCCACCCCAUUUUGCACCAACAUGUACCUGGACAUGGUCAACACCACCGGAGGAGCCAUCGCAUGGGCUUUCCUCAAACCAAUGCUCAUGGGAAAGAUCCUCUUCACCCCCGACACUCCGCAGACCCGAGCUGUGAUAACAAAGGCCAACAGCACCUUGCAGCAGUUUGCAGAUCUGAAACAUUACUCCCAAGACUGGAUUAAAUCAUCUGAGUACAUCUCAAAGUCCACGACGAUACUCACUCAGACAUUGCCUUUGCUACAGAAUUCUCUUAGCAACGCAUUUGUGAAGAAUUUCAUUGAAAUGCAGACGGGAGUUAGUGUUGACUCAAUGCAAGAGACGCUCAACAACUUCUCCAACGUGACCGUGAUGCUGGAGAAGAACAAAGACCUCGUGGGUCAGAUCAACGCUCUGUCCACGCUGAUGGUCGACAUCUCCUCCUGCAUCACUUUUGACCGUUACCAAGGUUACGACUCGGAAGAAGAGCUCAACCGAGAGGCCCAGGAUCUGGCCAAGGAUCGAGCUCUGUACGCCAGUGUGAUUUUCAAGCUGCCAAAAGGGUCAGACUCCAGAAAGCGGCGAUCCGUCUCAAGCUCAACCCCGCUCCCUCCCAGAAUGCACUACACCAUCCGCAUGCACAUGGACAACGUGAUGAGGACCGACCGUGUGCGAAACCCCUUCUUCUCCAAAGAGACGCACAUCUCGGCCAGACAGACGCUGCGUUACAACCGGGGGUUCAUCUACCUCCAGGAGAGCAUCGACAGGGCCAUCAUCGAGAUCCAGGCCAACAAGACGGUCACGGACACAGCUGUUCAGAUUCAGCCUUUCCCCUACCCCUGUCACAAACGAGAUGAGUUCCUGGAGGCGAUCUCCUUCGUCUUUCCACUGUUGCUGAUGAUCGCCUGGGUGCUGUUCGUGGCUGAUUUUGUGAAGAAACUGGUUCAUGAGAGAGAAAUGAAGCUGCAUGAGUACAUGAAGAUGAUGGGCGUGAACCCUCUCAGCCACUUCUUCGCCUGGUUCCUUGAGUCUGCCUUCCACCUGGUCAUCACCAUCUUCUUCCUGACCUUGGUGCUGAAGUACGGAGACAUUUUGCCCAAAAGUGACGGUUUCUUGCUCUUCCUGUAUCUGUGCGACUACGGCCUGAGCAUCCUGGCCUUCAGUUUCCUCGUCAGCACCUUCUUUGAUCAAACCUACAUAGCGUCUCUGAGCGGCAGCCUUCUCUACGUGCUCUCCUUCUUCCCCUUUAUCGUUGUCAUGGCGAUGGAGACACAUUUCAGCUUCUCCGUCAAGAGUCUUUUGGGUUUGUUUUCCCCGACCGCCUUCAGCUACGCCAGUCAAUACGUCUCUCGGUAUGAGGCCCAAGGAGAAGGUAUUCAGUGGAGCAACUCGUACUCCUCGCCCAUCGCUGGAGACACGGCGUCGUUCGGCUGGCUCUGCUGGCUCAUGCUCAUCGACACCUUCCUCUAUUUGAUUAUUGCUGCUUACAUCCGCACCGUUUUCCCAGGACAGUCGGGCAUUCCAUCUCCCUGGUACUUCCCAUUCACAGCCUCAUUUUGGAAGAGCUUGUGCGGCUGCAAGAAAUCAAAGGGUGCAGGCCGCGGGCUAUUUCUAACCAACAUCAUGCAGACACAACUGCCUGCAUUCCCCGACAGCGACGAGAAUGGAAAAGACAAAGGUGAUCUCUCUUCUAAGAGGGGGGAAAACUUCUCAGACCUGCCGGUGGGCGUGGCUCUGCAUGGUCUCACUAAAAUCUACGGUCGGCAAGCAGCGAUCGAAAACCUUAAUGUGGCUUUUUACGAGGGCCACGUCACUUCGCUGCUCGGUCACAACGGAGCGGGCAAAACCACCACCAUGUCCAUCCUCACUGGUCUGUUCCCUCCAUCGUCUGGCUCUGUGGAGGUCUAUGGGAGAGACAUGCAGGCGAACCUGGCGGAGGUUCGCACAGAGCUGGGUGUGUGUAUGCAGUACGACGUCCUGUUUGAUCACAUGACCGCAAAAGAGCACCUGCUGCUCUAUGGCCAGAUCAAAGCCCCGCACUGGACCAAGGGGGAGCUCAAAGAACAAGUCCGCACGAUCCUGGAGGAGACAGACAUGUACGCUCACAGGCACAAGCGGGUAGGAACCCUGUCGGGCGGCAUGAAGCGCAAGCUGUCAAUCUCCAUCGCCUUCAUAGGGGGCUCUCGCCUGGUGGUGCUGGAUGAACCCACCACAGGAGUCGAUCCCUGCUCCAGGCGCAGCAUCUGGGACGUCGUUAUCAAGCAUAAGAAAGGCCGCACGAUUAUCAUGUCCACGCACCAUCUGGACGAGGCAGAGGUGCUCAGCGACCGCAUCGCCUUCUUAGAACGAGGAGGACUUAAAUGCUGUGGUUCACCGUUCUAUCUGAAAGAGCAGCUCGGCCAGGGCUACAAACUCACACUCACCAAGAAGAUGCAAGCUGGAGAGAGUGAACAGAUUGACAAUGCAGAGCUGAAGGCGUUCGUCCAGGCCCAUGUUCCUGCAGCGCGGCUGAAGGAGGCCCAGGGCAGUGACCUGGUCUACCUGCUGCCCCCGUUCAGCUCCAACAACGCCUCCUCCUACCGCUCGCUGCUCACCGCCCUCGACUCCAACCUGGACGCCCUGCAGCUCGGAGGCUAUGGCAUAUCCGACACCACCCUGGAGGAGGUGUUCCUCCACUUGACACACGACAGCCUCGACUCUGACGCUCUCUGCACUGUGUCAGAAACCGUGUCUGACACCGAGUCCAUCAACAGCUAUCCAGACUCAGAGGAGAGCAGCUACGGAGACACUGCUGGUUUCACUGGGACCCCGACUGUGAGUGGCGUGAAGUUGGCCUGGCAGCAGUUCACAGCCAUCCUCAUAAAGAGGUUCCACCACAGCCGCAGAGACUGGAAGGGCCUGAUCGCACAGCUGCUGCUCCCGGUGCUGUUUGUGGCAUUUGCCAUGGGACUGGGAUCCAUCAGGAGCGACCUGAAGCACUAUCCUUCUCUGGAACUCAGCCCGGCUCUCUACAGCAUUGGGCCGAGCUACUCCUUUUUCAGCGACAGAAAGUCAAAGCUGGCAGAUGCCCUGAUGUCCUUCCCUGGCCUUGAUAACACCUGUCUUGAAAACUCCAAUGACCAUAUUUGCCCAAGAAGCACUGGAGCGUGGAGUGGAGAAAACGGCACUAAACCGUUCAGCACCUGUAAAUGUGUCCAGGAGAAGGAGGUUUGUGGAUCCAGCGGCUAUGUCCCGCCUCAUAAGCAGCUCUCAUCGUCCCAGAUUGUUUACAACCUGACUGAUCUCGAUGUGGAGAACUACAUCGUGGCCACAUCCAAUGACUUCAUCAGAAACAGGUAUGGCGGCUUUGAUUUCGGAUUGCCGCUUCCAUCAAACCUUCGAAUGGAUGUGAAUACUGUUCCCGAAAAUCGUACUCUUUCCAAGGUCUGGUUCAAUCCUGAAGGCCACCACACCAUGCCGGCGUAUCUAAACAGCAUCAACAACUUACUGCUCCGCUCCAAUCUCCCUGAAGACAAAGAUCCAAGCCAGUAUUCCAUUUCCGUUUCCAGUCAUCCCUAUUUUGGACGACCCGAUGAUGAGGAUUCAAUUGUCCAAGGCAUGUUGCAGAUCAUGGUGGCUCUGUGCAUCCUGGCCGGCUACUCCAUCACCACGGCCAGCUUCGCCAUCUACGAGGUCAGCGAACUCCACAGCGGCUCCAAGAGGCUGCAGCACAUCGCCGGAGUCAGCGAGCCGUUCUACUGGGCUGUCAACUUCUUCUAUGACAUGGUUGUGUACAUGAUCCCUGUGGUUCUCACCGUUGGAGUGAUCGCAGCGUUCCAAGUCCCAGCUUUUAAUGAACGACAGAAUUUGGGCGCGGUGACUUUGCUUCUGGUUCUUUUUGGGUUUUCUACUUUCCCCUGGAUGUACCUCUUGUCCAGUGUGUUCAAAACCGCAGAGAUGGCCUUCAUCUCGUACGUGUGCAUCAACCUUUUCCUCAGCGUCAACACGAUCAUACCGACCUCCAUCCUCUUCUUCAUGAGACAGAUAACGCAGCAGAACGCCGAGGGCAUGAAGCUCCUCUUUGACCGGCUGAGCAACGCCUUCCUAAUCUUCCCUCAGUUCAACUUCGGUAAUGGGCUUUUGGAGCUAGCCCGAAUGAACAUCGAGGUGCAGCUGCUCAGUGGUUACGGUAUUGAUGCGUAUAAGAACCCUUUCUCCACCGAGGCCUUGGGUUGGAUGAUGAUCGCCUCCUUCAUACAAGGACUAUUCUUCUUUGCACUGCGUCUGCUGUGGAACAAGACCAUCGUACGUAAAGUCAGGAGCCUGAUUGUGAAAGGACGGACAGUUCCUCUGCCGUGGGUGGACGAGGAUGAGGAUGUGGCGGCUGAGCACCUGCGGGUGUCCAGUGGAGCAGCGAGCGCAGAUGUGCUGCAAGUGAACCAACUAACAAAGGUCUAUCAACACCUCAACAAGAAGGUCCCCGCUGUGAAGAAGCUGUCCCUGGGUGUUCCUGCCGGAGAAUGCUUUGGUCUGCUGGGAGUGAAUGGAGCAGGAAAAACAACCACCUUUAAGAUGUUGACUGGAGACGUGAGCCCGACUGAAGGCACAGCACAGAUCAGAGACAGAGAUGGACGCCUGGUGGACAUUAUGGAGUGCCGUAACCAAGGAGUUAACAUCGGAUAUUGUCCUCAAGUGGACGCCUUGGACGGUCUGAUGUCGGGAGAGGAGCACUUGUACUUUUACGCUCGCCUCCAUGGCAUUUCAAAGAGAGAUACACCCGGGGUGGUGAACUAUUUACUGCGGAGGCUGGAGCUGGAUCGCUAUCGAGACACCGUCUGCGACAGUUACAGCUGUGGGACCAGGAGAAAGCUGUCCACUGCUCUGGCUCUUGUCGGACACCCACAGAUCCUACUUCUGGACGAACCCAGCUCUGGGAUGGAUCCUCGAACCAAACGCCACUUAUGGAAGAUCAUCACGGCCGAAGUCAAGGGCAAAUGUGCAGUGGUCCUCACAUCUCACAGCAUGGAGGAGUGUGAGGCGUUGUGUGGACGUCUGGCCGUCAUGGUGCAGGGUCAGUUCCGAUGCCUGGGUUCCCUGCAGCACAUUAAGAACAGGUUUGGCAGCGGGUUCACAGUGAGGAUGUACUUGGCCAAAGCCUCUUGUGACGCAGAAGCAAUCACCAGAUUCAUGCAGAGCCGAUUCCCAAGCACUUAUCUCAAGGACCAACACUCGGCUAUGGUGGAGUACCAUGUCCCGGUGGCACCAGGUGGAGUGGCGGACAUCUUUGGUCAGCUUGAGUCCAGCAAAGAACACCUGGAGAUCCAACACUUCUCUGUGAGCCAGACGACACUGGACGAGGUCUUUAUCAACUUUGCCAUGGGGAAGAUCGGGAUGGAGACCGUGCAUAUGGAGGAGGACGACGAGUUUGGCGAUGAUUACUCCCUGAAGGGCGUCGAUGCUUAG